AUGUUGAGAGUAUCUAAAAAUUUGCUAAAGUCAGAGCGAUUACUGUUCCAAAGUGCAGUAGUUCGCUUUUACUCAGACAAGUUCUCAGAACGUUUAGCUAAGGGACCAAGCUUUGGUGACUUUAUAAAUUCGGAAAAGCCUCUUAGUGGGGAAGAAGCCUUUGAGUUAGAUAGAAAGGUAGAGCUUCCUAAUGGUACAGUUCAUAAGCGUCUUCCUUCUUGGUUGAAAACGAAGGUUCCACUUGGGUCCAAUUUUACUAAAAUCAAAAAUGAUUUACGUGGUUUGAAUUUGCAUACGGUUUGUGAAGAGGCAAAGUGUCCAAAUAUUGGAGAAUGCUGGGGAGGGAAGGACAAGAGUCAAGCUACUGCAACAAUCAUGCUUAUGGGUGAUACUUGCACUCGUGGUUGCAGAUUUUGUUCUGUCAAAACUAGUCGUCGCCCUCCUCCUUUAGAUCCCAAUGAGCCUGAAAAAACAGCCGACGCCAUCAACCGCUGGAAUUUGGGUUAUGUUGUACUCACCAGUGUUGAUCGAGACGAUCUGGCAGAUUUAGGUGCCAAUCAUAUCGCCAAAACCAUUGAUAGUAUCAAACAAAAGGCCCCUCAUAUUCUUGUAGAGGCACUUACACCAGAUUUUAGUGGACGGUUGGAUCUUGUAGAUGUUGUCGCCAAGUCUGGUCUCGAUGUUUUCGCACAUAAUGUGGAAACUGUGGAGGAUUUGACUCGUUAUGUUCGUGAUCGUAGAGCUACUUACCGUCAAAGCUUAAGUGUUUUGGAGCAAGCUAAGAAAUCGGUCCCUCAUCUAAUUACUAAAACAAGUGUCAUGCUGGGACUUGGCGAAACCGAUGAGGAAGUCUUGCGAACAUUAAAGGAUUUGAGAACCCAUGGUGUUGACGUUGUGACUUUUGGUCAAUACAUGAGACCAACGAAGCGUCACUUAAAGGUUCAGGAAUACGUCCACCCUAAGAAGUUUGAGUAUUGGCAGGAGGUCGCUGAAAAGCUCGGUUUCUUGUAUGUAGCCAGUGGACCCCUUGUACGCAGUAGCUAUAAGGCUGGCGAAUUUUUCAUUAAGAACUUGAUUGAGAAGAGGUCAGGAAACUCAACUUUGGCUGGUCCUUAA